AUGUUCUUAAACAUUUACCAUCUGCUUCUCACCAGUGGAAAACAAACAAUCCCCCAAGAGAUAAGCUUAGCAUUCCCGUGGAUCCUAUGGAAGCUUUGGAAGGCUCGUAAUAGCCUGAUCUUCAAGAAUGUCAGAAUGGAACCACAAGAGAUUGUGUCAAAAGCUCUGGAUGAGGCGGAUGGAUGGUUACGUAUCAACGGUAUAUUAAAGGAUGAUUCCACUGAGGUUUUAUGGCACACAGAUAUACAAUGUCUAUGGCAAAAACCCCUCGUCAAUAUACUUAAAUGCAAUAUCGGAGCUUCCUGGGUUUUACCAAAUAGAAACUAUGGAGUAGCAUGGCUUGUCAGAGAUCACCAAGGUGAAGCCGUAUUUCACAGUAGACGAGCUUAUUCGGCUAUCACGACACAAGGCGAAGCAGAGCUACUGAGUCUACUAUGGGCCGUUGAAUCCUUGGCUGCUAUGAAACAGAAAAACAUUGCCUUCGAAAUUUGGAGUUUGAACUACAUCCCUAAGGAAGGUAAUCGUGCAGCAGAUGCGAUAGCUCUCAGUGUCACCAGAGAUCAUAGGUACCAAUCUUAUAUCUCCCAAUCUGGUCCUUUCUGGCUAAACUCUCUCUUGAUAGAAGAAGCAAAAGGGAACGUGUGA